AUGGCGGGCGACGGUACAACAUUCUAUACUUGGACAAACAUAUGGGCAGAGGAGUGUCGCCGGGCACAAGGACUGGAGAUUCGAGAUCCCAUCCAGCUUCCAGAGGUCAUUUGGCAAGAUCGCGAGCGAGUGACAAAGUCGUCCGGUGAUACUGCAGGAAAGCUCGAAAGCCAUCCAGAGUACACCCUUCUUCCAUUCACACCCCCGGGAGCCCCACCAAAGAUGACCUCCCUGAGCCAUCGUGGUCAGGUUUUCUAUUUUUCCCCAGAGUCCUUAGCAGCCCUAAAGGCAGAGGCAUCCCCAGUGAAUGCGACCGAGCCGUCCGACCAAAAAUGGAUAUCGACCAAUGAUGCUCUUGCGGCACUACUCUGGCGUACAGUUAUGGCAGUACAAUCGCCCCUGGAGACUCUAGAGGGCGACCCUGUAUCUAUUUUCAACAUUGCUAUUGACGGGCGGCAACGGACAAAUCCUGAGUUGCACCCAGCAACUUUAGGAUGUUUUCUGGAGUAUGUUGCAAUAUCGGUGCCGGUCCGCAGAAUGCUUAGUACCAUGAGUUUAGCGGAUCUGGCAACGGAGAUCCGAAAGGGGAUUCUGCAGGCCAAUCAGCAGUUCACAGAUGAUGUGGUAGCUCUUGUGGAGCAGCUUGAAGACGUCGAUCGCCUUGUACCUACUGCUUUUCUGGACGUUCCAGGCUUUAACUGCGUGUUGACCUCAUGGGUGAACUUCAAAUUGUACGAAUUGGAGUGGGGGCCACUUCUGGGCAACAACAUCGAAGCUGUACGAGUGCCUCAUGUUGGUUGCAUCAAUGGCUGUCAAGUUGUGCUCCCAGUUUUGCCGAAUGGUGGCAUGGAGAUUCUGGUCGGCGUGGAAGAGAGCAGCCUAGACCGACUGCUAGAUGACCCGUUGUUCACAAAAUAUGGUGUGGCUCGGUAG